AUGGCAUCCAACGCUCCUGAGACUCCACCACCCUCCGCAAAUCAAGCGUCUGCCGCUCAAGACGGCCUUCAUUCCAUCGUCCUCGACAUGGACGACGAAUUCAGCGAGUUCUCGAACAGGGUCUCUGCUUGGAACAGUGUUUUGAUGAAGAUGAACAACAUCAUGCUUCCCGGCUUUUCCAAACUUCACACUGCACGCGUAGGGAGAAGCGUCGCCCCAGGUCUUCGUGUGGAGGUCCAGACGGCAUGGGGUCCUCGCAUUCCAUCCACCCUCAUCAUCCGGCUCCAAGUCAGAAACGGCGAUGAUAUCCAAGACUUUGCCAUCCUCACCCUUCCAAUGGGUCAGACUGAGAAGCCAAUGAAUGCCGAGUGCUUCCGCACAAAUGAGAGAACGGAUAUCAUGAAGAUAUUCCCCGAUCCGUCGGGUGAUCCUGCUGGUGCGUCCUGCUCGCGAUUCCUCAACCAAGAUCUACUUCACUUUAGAGGCAUGGAUAUCUCAAAGCCAGCAUGGACCCUCAUCUUCAAUACGGCCUUUGACGUCGUGCGUCUCGAAACCGUGAUCGAUGUCCGCAAAGUCGCAGUGUCCUAUCCAGACAAGUUCUGGGACAGACUCGGCACUCAGCCAGCUGGGCUCAGAUUCAUCGCCGAGAGACUCAAGUCCGCAUUUGACAAGAGAAACCUUGAUGAACAAGUCUCUUUCCAGUUUUUGUUCCCUCACGUCCGGGGCUGGGAGAAAGAUUGGUACGUUUUUCUCAACGAUAAGCGGAAGAUUAACCCCGGAGUGCUCGACCUCCAAGCUCUUUGCAACAAUCGAAUCGAAGACUUGGAUUACUCAAAGACACUCAUCGGCCACCAAUGGCUCGACGAGGAACUAGCCUGGAAGCAGCUCAUGGCAUGCAACUGCAGCAAGAUGUACUUUCAAGCACGUCUGCUCCCAUUUCCCGGCUCAGAAUGGAUUCCAACCACCAGCGACAUGGCCGACUAUGGCAUGAACGGCAACAGACGACCGACAGCCUAUCUGAUGAUCGUCAACUUGGCAUAUGUCCGAGAGUUUCUGCCUGAUAUUGGCACCAGAUGCACAGUGUACGUCAGGGAGCUCGCCCAGCAUGGGUACACAAUGCCGCGUCCGCCCUUGGCCGACAUCGAAGUCAGGCGGCUUGCCAGCAGGUUCCAACGCACUCUUGCCUACGCGGAGGUGUGGGCUAUCAGGAGAUUCUGGGAUCGUGGGAGGACGCAAAUGAACGAAGAAGAAGUCAAACAGAUAUUCAUACAGAUCGCUGCUGUGGACGUGGCGCUUUUCCUGCCCAUGCCGUCCGCAGACGACCCGCACAACACAGCUGCCUCGCAAGCUGCCGAAAAUCUCCGGAAGCGCGAGGGCGAGGAUAAAGACGACCAUUAUCGACGAAUCCUCCCUUGGGUUCGUGAGGCUUUGCGCGUUGCGCCGAAGACGAGGUACAACGAACCAUAUACAGGCAUCCGUCUAAGCUUACCACCUGGCGUUUCUUCAGAUGUCGCGAUGUUCUUCGUCGAGGUGCCCAGACAGCGAGACUGGCCGCGCAGCUUGGAGAAGCCUCCGAUGGUAAUUGAUGCGCCAGAAAUACCCCCCGUAACUGAUCUCCAGGGGUUCCUCGACACUGCAUUCGCGGACUCUCGUGAUGUUCUUCGCGCAGAGAUUCGUUACUCUGUCAAGGAAGAUUGGCUUGUGAAAAAGAGUGAGGCUAUACCAAUUAUGAACAACAUCGACAUUAACACCAAGGAGACCGCAUGGUGGAAAUCCAUGGUGAAAAGCACCGAGGCCUCCAAAGUCUGA